GAGAUCGGCGUAUUUUCCACUUCAGUGCAGGGAAGAAAGGGAAAUUCCGUGCGACGACCCCCAGAGUUCACUCCGUGAGCCCCCAGAGAAACCAGAUCGUCAAAUCCACAAACCCUAAUCUCCGAUCUCUCCUCUCCAGUUCACGUAAAUGCUUGAGGAAUCCUCUCUCAAUCUUGCUGUUAAUCUUUUCCCGUAUUGAUCUCUGUGUUCCUCCCCCUUUCCUCGAGAUCAACUUGAUUUGUGAUUGACGGAUUUUGAUUUCCUGCUCUCUCGUGGAUCGGAUUUUGGUUUCCUGGGUUCUGUUUAAUCCAAUGUUGAUGCGUUCUCCUGAUGCGUGUUAUCAAACUCUCCUUGGUUUACAUGUUAGGGUUUGAAUAUUAUAUAAUGGUGUUGGGAACUUUGUGAUAUCAAAUUAUGGGUAGUAAUGAAAUGGAUAAAACAGCAAAGGAGAAGGAGGCAAAGACUCCGCCUGCAACUUCUUCACAGGAGCAGUCCCCGAUUGCCACCCCUGGCACAGUCAAUCAUGACUGGUCGGGAUUUCAGGCUUAUUCUCCCAUGCCGCCCCAUGGAUUCCUGGCGUCAAGUCCCCAAGCUCACCCAUAUAUGUGGGGGGUUCAGCAUAUUAUGCCUCCCUAUGGUACUCCACCACCUCCAUAUGUUGCAAUGUAUCCCCAUGGUGGCUUAUAUGCUCAUCCUUCCAUUCCUCCGGGUACAUAUCCUUUUAGUCCAUUUGCUAUGCCGUCACCAAAUGGUAUCCCUGAUGCUUCUGGAAAUGCUCCCGGCAGCAUUGAAGCAGAUGGCAAGCCAAUGGAGGUGAAGGAAAAAUUGCCCAUCAAAAGAUCAAAAGGUAGUUUGGGCAGUUUGAAUAUGAUUACUGGGAAGAAUAAUGAUACUGGCAAAACAUCAGGAGCAUCUGCAAAUGGAGAUUAUUCUAAAAGUGCGGAAAGUGAAAGUGAAGGUUCAAGUGAAGGGAGUGAUGCAAAUUCUCAGAGUGAUUCACAAAUGAAGUCAGGCGGUAGGCAAGGUUCUGUGGAAGGUGGGGCAUCUCAGAAUGGCAGUUCUGUUCAUGGUUCCCAGAAUGGGGGACCUUGUACACCACAUACGCUGAUGAAUCAACCAAUGGCCGUUAUCCCUAUAUCUGCUGCUGGUGCUCCUGGAGCUGUUUCCGGUCCUGCAACCAACUUAAAUAUUGGAAUGGACUAUUGGGGAGCUCCAACUUCAUCUGCAAUUCCUGCAAUGCGUGGAAAGGUUUCUUCUACGCCAGUUGCAGGAGGAACAGUUGCUGCUGGGUCAAGGGAUAUUGUUCAAUCACAGCCCUGGCUACAGGAUGAAAGAGAGCUAAAGAGACAGAGAAGGAAGCAAUCAAACAGAGAAUCUGCUCGUCGGUCGAGGUUGCGUAAACAGGCUGAAUGCGAUGAGCUAGCCCAACGUGCUGAAGCAUUGAAAGAAGAAAAUGCCUCUCUUAGAUCGGAAGUGAAUCAGAUCAGGAGCGAGUACGAUCAGCUUCUUGCAGAGAAUGCAUCUCUCAAGGAGAGAAUUGGGGAAUUGCCUGGGCAUGAAGAUCUUAGGUCUGGUGGCAAUGAUCAGCACGCGGGUAAGGAUACACAGCAUACUGAACAAACGGAGCUUUCUCAAGGUGAUUCCUAAGAUCUAAGAACCCUUCUCCAUGCCACUUUGCAGGGGCAUAACCUUAACCCAUUAGCAACAGGAAGAUCUAUUUCGCAUAGCAUGUAGUGUAAGAUUUAUCAAAGCUGACCUCUAUAGUUUUAGGAUCUUUCUAUUUUAUAUCAUCCCUCGUUUUUCUGAUUCGGCUUAUCUGUAACAGUAGAAGACCUGGGAUGAUAUGCAGAAUGUGAAAUUCAUUGUUUUCGAAAGGGUAGUAUUCGCACUUUUAUUUUUCGAAGGCUCGUCUGUAUUAAUCGUUAAAUAUGGCUGAUUGUGUAACUUCAGAGAAUCGAUGAACUCUAGUCAUAAUAUAACUUGAUGGUUUUAUUUUUAUUUUUUUU